AGUAUGUUCACGUCUGGCCUGCAGCCUGGCGAACCGAAGCUUGUCCUGAUGAAACGCUGACAUUUGCAAAAACAAAGCGAUAUCAGCGAACGGAGUCAUAAGAAUCUGGAUAGAUUGUUCUGAAACAUUCAUACCAGUCUGAGCCUCGGAUCUUCGUGCAGUGUAGCUACGGAGAUCGUUGUUGUCCUUUGAAAAGGAGAGGCAGGAGAGCCAGUGAACGACAGACUGAGGCCCAGUGAGGGUAAUCCUCUUUCAUUCUUGGUAGUGAGAUAGAGAGUCCGAGAGAUGGGUGCAGCGGAGAGCUCCUCAACCACUGCAUGUGAAGUGGAAAGGCCACCGGCAAAGCCGUUUGACCCGGCGGCUGUUUACGUGGCUCCGAAAGUCGACAUUCCCUUGGAUGAAGAUGACACUCGCUACGUGAAGUCGUUUUCAAUCGACCAGAAGGAAGAGUUUCAAUCGUUUUUCGAGGAGUACGGUUUUGUCGUCAUCCGCGAUGUCCUAAGUCGUGACGAGUGCGAGGCCUCGGUCGACGACAUCUGGAAGUACUUGGAAGGCAGAGGGUACCGGUAUCGCGAGUGGGACGGGCCAACCGAGCAUGAGAAACUCUACGGAAAGCACCCGCAAGAUGAGGAACGCCCAGAAGAUUUGAUCAGGCGAGAUGACCCGUCCACAUGGAACAAUGAUUGGCCCCCAUUGGCCAAUGCUGGCAUUCUCGGAUUCCUUCCAGUUUUUACCAAGCAGGCACUGCUGAACCGGCAGAACGCCAAUAUCUACUCUGUGUACACCACGCUCAUGAAACGAAAGGAUCUAAUGGUGAGUCAAGACCGCUACGGAUUAUUUCGCCCGGUCAAAGUGGCUGGGGAUCCAGAGAAAACGAAUGACAAAUGGAGGACGUCGUAUUCCCUCCAUUGGGAUCUAAAUCCAUGGAGGCAUUCAUUGCGUGACGGGCACUUUGAACAGGGUGCGGUUAACGUGAAAGACGCAAUGAGUAAGAUCACGUACGAAGAUCCUGGCCAUUUCUUUGAGGAAAACAAUGAGGUUGGAACUGCCGAUGACGAUCGGGUCAACCUGCAAGGCUUGAUCAACUUUGCCGACAACUUGGUCGAGGACGGUGGCUUUCAGACGGUGGUGGGUUUUCACAAGCACAUUGUCCAGUGGGCCGAGACAACCAAAGACAGCAUGGGGCUGAGAAUGAUGGACAGGAGUUUCGUACCCAUAGAUUGCGAGGACCCUCUGUACAAGCAAGCGCAGCGCGUGUCCAUGCGUGCCGGCAGUAUUGUGGUGUGGGACCAGCGCAUGGCACACGGCAGUGCACCCAACAGCAGCUCUAACCUGAGAUUCUGCCAGUUCAUGAAGAUGUUCCCCGCUCUGGACUUGGACACAACUCAAGCAAAGAAUAGAGCCAAGGUUGUACAGGGCAAGGUGGACCUUGCUUCAGUUGAACUAUCGGAUGUCGGCAAGUGCCUGUUUGGACUGAAACCAUGGCAGUGACCCUGUCGACACUGAGGUCUUCUUGUGUCCCCGGCAGCCAAGCGAUUUCCCCAACUCUUAACUAUGUGAUUCAAGACAAAGUUGGGUGCUUCCCGUACCUGAAAUGUUGAUGGUGAUCGUGAUUGGUAAUUAGGUGAGGAGAUUUCACAACUGCAUAGCUGUUAGUUUUUACUCACUUUUCAGGCAAUCUGCUGUACUGCUCAAUUAAUUCCGAACAAACAAGUCAACGCCACAGCGGGCACUGUGCAGCCCUACACUUUGAAAAGAACACAGGGAUGUGAAGUGGUGCAGGGCGGAACUCAGUAACGGUCAAGCGAUCGGAUUUCGCUGAGCAGGACUGUAGUAUCUAGCGUUCCUUGUAGUAUUACGUCUAGGGCAACCAUACACAUCUCGACUUCACUGACAUUCACAACGAUGUACACGUAGAAAUAUGUUUGAGCUGACAAGUAUCCUGCACUUUAGUUGAUCUCACAAGAUCCUGAAAUUCUUGUCAAUUACCCCGGAAAAAUCAUGUAUCCAAGUCUUGUUAUUGGAUCACUUAUCUAGUUCAGUAGUGGUCUUUGUUGGUUCUAGGAGUAUUCCUACAUUCAAACAUGACUGGCACAGUGGUCUUCUGUAUGCACCAUGCCCGGCCAUGCCCAUUGCAUUCAUGCUCUGCGCUCCUUGGAUCAUUUUUAAUAAUGAAACAUGAGUGAAAUAUGAAAUUAAUUUUAACAUCACAUCUUUUUUUCCAAUUACCCUGGUAAACACUUUCAUUCCGCCAACAGGCUCUUGGCUGCACAAAAUGAAUGACAUUUUUGCCAAUAUUUCGCCUGACAUCAGUUCAUUGAUGAGGAAGGGAAGAUGAGCAUGAACCAUUUUAAAGUUAUUAAUUAGUGUUGAAACGAGCGUAUCUAUAACAAACGAGCGAUCAGUUCCACUAACGAGCAAGCUAUCGAGCGAGCUAACGAGUUUCAUUGAUGUGGCAAAUAUGAUUAUUUUUUUGAAUAUUUUUUUUCUAAGUUCGAUUUUUUUCAGCUGGUUCAAAUUAUCACCGCCGGCAUUUGGGGUUGCUGCUGCUUCACUUCGGACUGCUGUUUGGUGUCGAGAUGUCUUUUCAGCGCCGUCGUCGAUUAGCCUUUGUAAGAAUAGACCGUUUUGCAAAGAUUGCAAGUAGCCCUGGUCUUCGCUGCAUCGCGGGAGAAAACUUCCAAACGACUGAGCGUAACUCUCACUCGAAUGGAGAGGUGACCGAAGCAUAUCCUGCGACAGGUCAGCAGAUGCGGAACAAGACAUCAGUAGAGUCCACCAAAGCUGCAACGACAACUGAAACAACUCAAGUGUCGUGCAGGCAUACAGUCACCUGUAACUGCGAGUGAUUUUCACUUUGCGAGGGACUGGACUCUCGAUCGACCAGGGAAUCGUAAAAUAUUUUACGACUCCCCGGUCGACAUGUACUGCCAUGUGUACGGAGUACGGUGUACCAUGGUGUACGGUGUUCGUUAGUGCAAACGAGCUGGCCGCACAAACGAGCCGAGUUUCUGGCGAGCGAGCUAACGAGUAUCCGGUGAGAUCGUUUCAACACUAUUAUUAAUACAGCCAGAAGAAUGACCUGGAACCCACACAUCUUGGUCAUACAACUGGCAAGAAAACGGACAGUCUUCACUUGUAAGUUCACUUGGAGUUGGAGAGUUCCUAGAAAAAUUUCUAUAUACAUUGUAUUAUCAUGACAUUCUGUUAUCAUGAAAGAAAGUUGAAACAUUUCGGAGUAAAAUUUCUUUCUCUCUCUCUCCGGAGCUCCCCUCUUUUUUUACCUCCCCUUUUCCUAUUUUUUUCUCUUUCUCUCUUUAGGAAUAUUUUAAUUUUACUAUUGUGAAAGAACUUUCUUGAAAAUCCAUGAUAACGUGAUCAGGAAGAUGCUUAGAAAAAACCCAAAGUCAACCCAUGCUCACAAGCAAUUAUUACUUCACUACAAUGAUUUUCUCGUCCGUAUUUUCCUUCUAUGGUUACAUUCGCGCUUUAGGGCGAGUCACAUGCAUGGCUAUUUGAAAUAAUUAUACUUUCGUAUUCUCUUUGACUUUUAGUGACGAAAAGUUAAUUAAACCACUGAUGAUUGUCACGAGAAAACGUUCUGGUUACUCUUCAUUAGA